GUCAGAGGGAAUCUCAAAAGUUAAACAGCCAACAAGAUGAACACAUCAGCAGUCAAGUUUCUGACCAUUGUAGCGCUCUCCGCCUUCGCACUGUGCGCUACGACGCAGGCGUUGACCAUUGAGCCGCGCAGCAGUUGGGGAGCAGCGAGUGCUCGUUCGCCCUCUCGCAUCAAUGGCGCUGUGGAAUACGUGAUCAUCCAUCACUCGGACAAUCCCAAUGGAUGCACCACAUCACAACAGUGCCAGCGCAUGAUCAAGGCCAUUCAGUCGGAUCACAAGGGUCGGCGCAACUUCAGCGACAUUGGCUACAACUUCAUUGUGGCCGGCGAUGGCAAAGUGUACGAGGGCCGCGGCUUCGGACUGCAGGGCUCCCAUGCGCCCAGCUACAACCGCAAGAGCAUUGGCAUUGUCUUCAUUGGCAACUUUGAGAGCAACGCGCCCAGCGCACAGAUGCUGCAGAAUGCCAAGGAUCUCAUCGAGUUGGCCAAGCAAAGUGGAUACCUGAGGAGCGACUAUACCCUGCUCGGCCAUCGCCAGACCAAGGCAACUGCUUGCCCCGGCACUGCGCUCUACAAUCAAAUUAAGACGUGGCCGCACUGGAAAGAGAUUUAGUUUUACUUUAGUUAGAGACUUAACA